AUGCUGUUUGACGAGAAUGUAUUAGAGUUUUGGGUCGAUCAUUUUGAAACUAAUGAUGAGUCUUUUGAAUCUGCAUCAACAUCAUCAUCUGUUAUUAAUCAAAAUCAUGGAUUACUAGAUAGUUAUUUGUAUCAAGAACUAAAACCCGAUCAAAUUGAAGAAUUUAAAAAAUUGUUAUUAAAUGCAACAGUUGAAAAUCCAGCAGUAAAGAAAUUAUUUAAAUGGGUUAAUUCAAUAUUAUCCUUGCCAAGUCAAAAACAACUAAGUGGGCAUAUUCUUAAAAAAUCAACUACUGAAAUUUCUAAAACGAUUUUAGAUGAUGCAAUUAAUGAUGAUCUUGGUAUUACACUUGCUUAUAAUGGGUGGAGAAAUAUUGUACAACAAAAUUUAUUAGGAACAGUAUUGUUUACUUCAACAAACAAUAUGAUUAUUUGGGAUAUUAAAAAUAUAAGCGGAAAAAAAAGUAAAAGUGAAAUUAUAAUUAAUGAAACAAAAAAAAGUUUAAUAAUCUUGAGCAAAAAAAUUAAAAUUAAUGGAUUAAUUACAGAUUUAGCUUCAGAAAAUAUUAUUGCAAA